GGUCAAUUUAACAAUCAGGCACAUUUUGUCUGAAUGUUAUGGAUAUGAAAAUCAACGUAAUGAAGUUGAAUUUCUGUAGCUGUUUUUUUUUUUUAAUUCAAACAUUUUUUGAAAAAUAUUCACGAAUAACUCAUAGAAGCUAAUGUGGUCCAAUGAGGAAAAAAUUCACCUUGAAUCUUCCAGUUGUUUCGUUCAUGCUUACUUCUGGACAUUGGAUACAACUUUGAAAUCAAUUAGACAGCUGAAUGUAUAUUUCAUAUUCUUUUUUUAAAUAUUUUGAUAUUUAUUAGUAAAUUUUAUACAAUAAGAAUUGAGUAAAAAAAAUUGGAGACUUCCAACAGGCACUUUACCGACACCAAUUGAAUUUAAAUCCAAUAUUUCAAGCCUCUAACUUUAUUUUGUGAUAGAUGCGUUUUAUUUAUUCAUUAAUUUUAAAUGAAAUUAUAUGUUUGUUUUUUUGGAUGUUAUAUUGUAAUUUUUUGUCAAAAGGUAAGGAUACCAUUAAUGAAUACAAAGUUGAUAAAAUGAGUGAUUGAUACAGCAAGUGACAACAACAUUGCCACCUCUAAUGGCCCUCGAGGCUUUCAUUCAUUGUUCCACAGAUGCGUUUACCGGUGUUUUUCAUUGAAUCCGUUAAUCAUCAAUCAGAAUUUAUUUGAGUAGGAAUAUAUCUAUUGCUUUUGACCUGGUUAGUUCCAAUAAUAUAAUAUUCAAUAAGUAUUUCACUUUUUUCUUUAUAAUAGUUAACAUUGUUUACAAAUUUUAUCUAAAUAUUAUGUAAUUGCCACCAUUCUCUAUCUUUUUUUAUCUUGUCCGUUCUAGCCCUGAAGAAGACCUGCAAAGUCGGGUCGAAACGUCGAAACCUUUUAAUAAAAAGGUUUUACCACUAUUUAGCCUAUUUAUGACCUCCACCCCGGACCAUCUCCUUCCAUCCAUAAUUUUAGUUAUUUUAAUAACGGUGAUUGAUUGUAAUGAUGACUAAUUGAUAGAUGAUUGAUAAUUAAUGCUUUAAUAACUUUUUUUCAUAGAUACCAUUAGCUAAGACGAAAUAAUAUUCCUAAGAAUGAGUUCAGUAAGUUGUGGUUCAUCAUCGAUCGAAAUUUCUCCGGAAUCUGAGAUCGUAAAUGAUGAUAGAAACAACCCAACUUCUUCUCUCCUUUCGUCACCAUCACUGUCGAGAGAACUGAACUCACCAAAAAGCUUCGAAGAUAUACACAGUAUCGGAGAUGAAGAUUCAUACGAUGUCGAGGAAUUCUAUGCGAAAUCGGAGUGCAAAUCGUCACAGACAGAAUGGCCAACAGUGAAGCAAAAUACGGUAAUUCAGAUUAAUGGUUCCCUUGUAAUCGUAACGCCGGAGAUUAAACGUGGACUACUACAAGAAAAACAGACAGAGGAUCUUGAAACUUUUGACAAGAAUACUCUAGUGAUGACUUCUGCAGAACAAAACUCAAAUCUUAGUAUUUUACGCAAAAAUAGUAUGACAUCUGUAGUUGAAAAAUUGGCCAGAAGUGGGGUUACAAUUACUUGUAAUAAAUCUUAUAAAAAAAGAUGUUCUUACCAUCCAACAAUGAAGAUGAAAAACAUUUAUUCCUGUUCAGAAAGAUAUAAUCCAUUGCUCCCAAGUACCACUUCUUAUCCGAAUAUUUCGAUAAACAAAAACCUUUGCAAAUACCAAACUGCGGGCAGUAGAUUACAAGAAACUAAUGAAGUUGAAAUGCAAACGAAAAGAUUCUGUGACCGUCCCAAAACUUCAAAAAAGUUUGUUUGUAAUUUCUGCGACAGGCUUUUUAAAUCUCUGGAAUGCCUCCAAAGUCAUUAUGAAAUCCACGAUAUAAGUUACUGGAUAAAACCUUUUUUAUGGAUGGAAGAAGAGAAAUUAUCACAUAAUAGAAACCAAAAAGAGACUUCGGAUGACAUCUGUUUCUUUGGGACCCUGGAAAAUCAAGAAAGCAGUAACGAGGAAGGAUUCACGUGCCAAGUCUGUGACAUGAUCUUCGCCUCUCCGGAAGGCCUUUCAAAACAUAUGGACGUCCAUCGGACACCGCAUAAAAAAACAUACGUUGAAGAUCGCCAAGAGUCCAUUUCCGAAGAAGGAUAUGCAAUGAUAGAUUUAACAGGUAAUUUUCUUAAAUUUUCAAUAUAUGCUCAUUAGGUAUAAAUUAUUCCGUGGAGUAUGACAUCUAAAGUAACUACAUUUCUUGUUGCAGACUAAACGUUUGAUAGAGCCGAUCAGCCAUCAUGUUGCCAUUAGAUUCUUUAUACUGAAUCUUAUAUAAUAUAUGUAUAAAUCUCACAGUUGGUAUUUGCUAAGUCUAUUAAAUAUUUUAAGUGUAGAUAUUUAAGUUAGUCCACGUAUAUAAAUCCAGUAUUUUAUCAUUCAUUAUUUUUAUAGAUUGUUCAAUAUUGAUGAAUGUUCGAAAAUAAAUAAAUAUAUUUAACAAUUUUUUUCGUUACAUUUUAAUAUUUCUUUCCAAUAUGAUUUGUAAAUGUUAAAAUAGAAUGAUAUUGCUAUUUCUCUUCAUGAGUCUUUUGAACUUAAUUUAUUAUAUUUCUAAUAUUGUAAUUAUUGUAGGGACUGGGGUAGCUCAGUCAGCUUGUAAUGCAAAGGUCCCAGGGUACAACCCUGGGUCGGGACACCCUCCUGGGGCAAACCCAGCAUCUAUAAAAUGGGCACCC